GUAAACUUCAACACGUGUUUGUCGUUCAUAAUAAAUAUUGAACAGAAACGAUGUCCUUUAAAUUUAAUUUUUCCAUGCCUUCAGAUGAUACCAUCGAUGAAAAGGCUCAUUUAGACAAUUCAGCCAGCGUCAUAACUGAUGAUGACGAUUCUAAAGCUCUACCUUCACAAGAAAUCUCACGGAACACAGCACAGAAUGUUGGUGAUCUGAGUACAACUGAACACAACGUAUGUGGUGUUGUAUUUAGAGUGAUCCGUCAACAAGAUGUCAAUGUCAGCAGCUCGGCGCUCCAAGUUACAACAGAUUCUGAUCUUGUUCCUGGUGUUUAUGAAGGAGGUCUGAAGAUAUGGGAGUGUGGUGUAGAUUUAGCAGAGUACCUCAUCAAUCACAACAUUGACUGUAAAGGGUUACGUGUGUUAGAGCUGGGAUGUGGAGCAGGGCUACCAGGACUUACCGCCAUGCACAAGGGAGCAGCCGUGGUCGACUUUCAGGAUUACAACCCUGAAGUGGUUGAAAAUAUCACAAUUCCAAAUGUUGAACUUAAUCAAUGUUCAGACUGCAAGUGUCGAUUCUUUUCUGGAGAUUGGAGUUCUCUCCCCUUAACAAUCUGUACCGAUGAUGAAGAGAAGCGGUAUGACAUAAUCCUGACAGCAGAGACAAUCUACAACACCAGGAGUUACAGAAAACUUCACCAGGCGUUCCAGCAACUCCUCAAGCAGAAUGGAACCAUCUACCUAGCAGCCAAGUCAACCUACUUUGGUGUUGGAGGGGGAACACGGCUGUUUGAGGCCUUCCUGAAGAGGGAGAACGUCUUCACCAGCCAGGUGUGUUUGGAGAUAGAAGCAGGUGUGCCAAGGGAGAUCUUAAAGGUGACACGACAGACAUCCUGACAUGAGCCCACCAUUGUUGUACAUACUGUACAUACAGCAAACACUGUACAUAAUACAAAUAAAGACUCUCAUAGAUCAA